UGCUGGUGACGAGAAUCAGCAGCUCUGCAGCCCCCGAACCGCAGGUUCUGCGCGAAGUUCCGAGUCUUGUUCUGGUUUGGGCUGGAGUUCGUGAUGGGCUGGCUGUGGGACGUGCCAGGAGGUGUCGGUCGGACUGAAGGGCCCAGAUAAAGAGGCGCGGAGCGGCGCGGCGGAGCGCAGAGGCGCGAACGGACCGGACCAGAACAGAACCCAGCAGGACGCGGGAGGACAUGCUGCCGGACCUUCCGACCCAUUAACGCGUCCGUCCCGGUUCUAGCAGCGCACAGACCUGCAGGAGGACCCAUAACCUCAGCUGGUAUUGAAGCCCUGCAGGAUUUGCUGCAGCAGCCAUGGGCAGCAAGACUCUGCCAGCCCCAGUCCCUCUGCACCCGUCCCUUCAGCUGGCCAACUGCUCCCUCAUCCAGAGCUCCUCGGGUCUCCAGAUGCCAGCCGAUCAUUUCCAGAGCAUCUACAGCUUCAGCGCCCUCCACGCCAUCCAGCUCCACCACUGGACUCUGGGCUACCAGCCGCUGGCGUUCCCCCGGUGCACCAUCUCCAAGCUGCCUCCCCACUUCUCCUCCAUGGCCUCCAUCCCCAUAUUCCCCCACCUCCUGCAGCCCAAACUGGACUCGGCGGGGUUGCUGCAGAGCUCCAAGAGCAAGCCCCGCUUCGACUUCGCCAACCUGGCGGCGGCGGCCACGCAGGAGGACCACCUGAAGGUGGAGGACCUGAGCAUGACGGGCCCCGCCCGAGCCUCGGCGCAGGUUCCUUCUCAACACCAGACCUCGGCCGGCCUGGGCUGCCUGCUGGACGUGAGCAAGCUGUCGUCGCCGGAGCGCAAGUCCAGCCGAGGCCGGCUGCCGUCCAARACCAAGAAGGAGUUCGUUUGCAAGUUCUGCGGCCGGCAUUUUACCAAAUCCUACAACCUCUUGAUCCACGAGAGGACGCACACGGACGAGAGGCCGUACACGUGUGACAUCUGCCACAAGGCGUUCAGAAGACAGGACCACCUCAGGGACCACAGGUACAUCCAUUCCAAAGAGAAACCCUUCAAAUGUCAAGAGUGUGGGAAGGGGUUCUGUCAGUCCAGGACGCUGGCUGUCCACAAAACAUUACACAUGCAGGUCAAAGAACUGAAGCCUGCUAAGAUUAAGUGAUUCAGCGCAGCAGCAAGGCCGGGGACCAGGACACUGGAUAAACAAGACGACCAAAGACAACAGCCAAUGACUUUUUUCAUCUCAGCCAUUUGAGGUGCAGCUUUUUGUAUAAACAUCCAUCAAGGAUGAAAUAUUCCACCAGCCACCUCUUAAAGCAAUAAUACCAAAGCAUGCCUUAGCGGAGAGGUGUGUGCUUAGUUAUCAAAGCCUGACUUGGCAUGGACCCCAGUGGAUGUGUGGAAUGUGAAAUGGACCUUAAAAGACCCUCCUGUGGCUGCUCAGCACAAAAAAACCUGGUUCAAAGGCUUAUAAUCCAAAGAGAGACAUGACAUGUAUGCAGUUUUUAAACUUGUUUUUCUUAAAAAAAAUUAAAUGAUUGAAGCCAUGUUAGCAAAACACAUUUCCCUCCUUUGAAAUAUUACAUUCCAAUGUUAUUUUUGUACAGAUGCAUUAUAUCAAAUUGUAUUUUUGCACUUUAACCUGAUUAUUAAUUAUUGACAUAUAUCACUGGAUUUCCUAAGCUUAUUUUUAAAUUGAAUAAUCAUUUUUAAAUAAAAAUAUUUUACUGUA